AUGAGGACUCGAUCUCAGGCAAAACUCGCAGCAGAGACUGCACUCCAGCUUGAGGAGAAUCAAGGAAAACCUAUGCAAACUGGAACAAAGCGACUAGCCGACACUACAAUAUCACUUGAAAGGGAGAAAACCGACGGCAAGAAGCGCGUAAAGAGAGAAAAAGAGCAGAUAUCAUCACAAGCGUGUCACGGCACACAAGACCUUCCUCACGGCCUGGGAAGCAUACACAAUCCUGUUGAUCAUGGGCAGAAGCACCAGACUCCCAACAAUAAUAACAACAAAAUAAUCACGGCCAGAGGCAGGCAAAUCAGGGGGGAAAAUGAGCCUGACCAAGGUGUUGAUGUGAUGGUCAAAAAGGCGAAGCACACACCAAGACGGACAAAAGACAACCCAUAUGGCUUAAUGCCUGGCCGAACCCCUUAUCCAAGCCAUAACAGCCCAACUGUAGCACAGUGCCAAGAGGUUCACGACAUACUAACUCAACUGCAUGGCGAAUUCAGGUCUCCCGGCAAAAUACCUCCACCUUCCACAGAUAUCGCAGGAUGUGGAGAAGUUCCAGACCUCGUCGAUGCUAUGAUACGAACAUUGAUCAGCGGACACACUGCCAUGAUCAACGCCAACAGAGCUAUCCAAGACGUCAUCUCCAUAUACGGCCAGCUUGACAGAGAUGGCAUCGGAGCUGGAGCCAUUGAUUGGAACAAGGUGCGGCUUUCCUCAAAGGAAGAUAUCAUGAAGUCUAUCAGAAGUGCUGGAUUGGCCCUGACUAAAAGCAAAGAGAUCAAAGAAAUACUCGACAGGGUGUACGAAGAGAACCAGAUAAGAAGAGAGGCGUUUGCUAAGGAAAAGCAGACUGGAGAGGCAGAAGAUGUUCUUGGCGGGGCACGACUGACUCAAGGGCAGAAGGAUCAUCAGAUUUCAAAAAUUGAAAACGGCAUACUGACACUGGACCAUAUUCGUUGUAUGACCCCGGGUGAAGCCAUGCUCGAAUUUACCAAGUACCCUGGCAUUGGUAUCAAAACAGCGUCAUGCCUUGUCUUGUUCUGCCUUCAACAGCCCAGCUUUGCUGUCGAUACCCACGUCUGGCGAAUGUGCAAGUGGUUAGGCUGGGUUCCUCGGGGAGCUUCUAGGGACGAGACAUAUAUGCACUGCGAACUUCGAGUACCGGACCAUCUCAAGUAUGGACUUCAUCAGCUUUUUAUUCAGCAUGGGAAAACCUGUGAGCGCUGUCGGAGUAUCACCGUAGAAGGAACUAAGGAAUGGGUCAAUGCUACUUGCCCUCUUGAGCAUCUACUGGACCGCUUCGACAAGCGCAAAACCAAGGCAGAGUCGAAGACGACAAAGAUUAUAACUCUCAAGACGAAGAGAAACGUUAAAUUGGAGGCUUCCAACACGUCUAUCAAGGGAGUCGAUGCCGAAGAUACAGUCGAGACGACGACUGAUGGGGAAGGGGUCCCAAACCAGGGCCAAAUUACCGGGGAAGAAGGCGACAAGACUGCUAAGGCUGACCCAGACGUCUCUUAG